AUGGCCCAUGUGCCCUUGGCAUUUAGGGAAGUGGCCACAGACCUCUCCCAAGAGGAGUGGAAGGGCCUGGAUGCUGCUCAGAAGGACUUAUACAGGGAUGUGAUGCUGGAGAACUACAGCAACCUCAUCUCACUGGGAUGUACCAUUCCUAAGCCAGAUGUGAUUACUUUUUUGGAGCAAGAGAAAGAGCCCUGGAUGGGUGACCCUGUGGAGGUGGUGGCCGCAGGCAGAGGCAAACAGGUCCCCAUCCAGGUGGUGCAGGUGCUGAACAUGGUGGGUAAUGCCCUGCUGACCCCUCUGUGGCACCAUGUGGGCCCAGCAGCAGGGCAGCUCCACUCUAUGGCCUUCCUAACACUGGCCUUGGUGCUGGUGCUGGUCUGCUGCACUUCUAAUGUCCCUUUCCUGCCCUUCCUGAGCCACCUGCCACCUCCCUUCUUACGGUCUUUCUUCCUGGGCCAGGUUCUCAGACCCUGUGUGCUGGCCCUAGUGCAGGGUGUGGGCCACCUCGAAUGGCCACCAGCCCCCACCAACAGCACCCCUGUGCCCUCUCCCCACUUCACUGGGCGUUUUCCCACCAUCACCUUCUUCUGGGCAAUGACCACCUUUCUGGUCACUUUGGUUGCAGCCUUCCAGGGUCUCCUGCUGCUGUUGCUGCCACCACCAUUGGUACCCACAGCAGGCCCGGAGCCUGGCCUGUGGGUAGGAGCCCCAUGAGCGGGGAAGGAGGAGGAAGAGGAAGAGGGUUCACCUUUGCAGAAGUCACCAAGCCAGGCAGCAGGCACCACCCCUGGCCCUGAGCCCCACUGGCUACUCUCAGCCCAUGGCACCUGCCUGCUGUGCCUUCUGGUGGUCACCAACAUUCUGACCAAUGGUGUGCUGCCUGAUGUACAUUUUUCCUGCUUGCCUUAUGGGCGCCUGGCCUACCACCUGGCCAUGGUGCUAGGCAGCACCACCAAUCCCGUUGCCUGCUUCCUGGCCACAGGGGUGCUGUGCAGCAAGUACCUGGCAGGGCUGGUCAGUCUCUCUCUGUAGGGCAUGCUCUUUGACCUAAUGAUGGCACUGACAAUCCUGAGUCCAUACCUGCCCCUGGUGGGCACCUCUGCAGGGAUGGUCCUUGUGGUGCUGUUUUGGGUCUGUGUCUGGGCGUAUUCUUCAUACACGAAGGUGGUGGCCAGUUCCCUGCUGCAUGGCAGGAGAUGGCUGACAUUGCUGGCGGCUGGCAAGGCUAUCCAUCUGGGCUCCCUGCUGGGUACCAUUGCUAUGGUCCCUCCCACAUGUUCUGCAGCAGAAACGAUGGUGUGGACCCAUGUGGACACUGAGCCUGGGCAGGAGACCUUGACACUUCAGGCCAGAUGCGAGCUAGUGCCAGAGGAAGAAGAAAUGCUGGCAGGGCCCCGGCCCAGCCCCGACGUCGCCUUCCUCUGCUCCCCAGCCCGCGCCCGGUCCCCCAGCCUCAUUCCCCACCCCAGCUCCAGCCGCGCGGAGAACACAAAACCCGGGGCUGCUGCCGCGCCCCACCCGGCCUUCUGCGCCUGCGCCCUUCGCCCCGUCUCGGGAGACUCGCGCACGGGCGCGCACGGACGCGGGGGCGCGCAUAGCCACGCUCUCUUCUCCUAA